UCUGAAGGCUUUUCUGUUUUUUUAAUAUGAGGAAGUAAAUCCCAUGCUAUGUAAAAUGUAAGGUGUUCCGUAUGUGUGAAUCUACAGCCUUCAUUUCUUAGAAGCAGAUUCCAGUACAUAGUGGCAGUGAAGAGGUGGUCAGUGCUUAAUAGUUUGUCCUAAGUUUGGGAGUCUGGGGUUUUUUUGAAUAAUUUUAGAUCGGUUACCGCUUACUGUACAAACAUUUGGAUUGAGUAAGCAGAUACUAAGACUGUAAUCAAAUAAUGCAAUGAUUUCUUCUUUAGAGAAGGGAGUUUGCUUUAUAAGAGUUUCUACAGAAUUAGUCUUCCCACCCAACCAUUCUUUGUUAAUGUAUUUUUGUGUAUAAUUAAAAUACACAGAUAGGUCAAAGGAAAUUGCUUGUGAACUAAAUACUCCACUGUCAAAGAUAGUUUCUUAUUUCAGCCAAGGUUCUUAAGUUAUAAACACAUGAAAAUAUUUUUUCUCCUCACAACAGGAACACUAGGGACUGCACUGCGGUACAGUUUACAGUGAGGUGGGUCACAAAAGGAAGUUCCAAGGCAGUUGGUGAUUGUGGAGGGCAAAGGGCAGUAGUAGAAGCCAGUGUAACCUGGGAAGGGGUUCAGAUAUGACUGUCCUACAGCUCAGUGGCUUUGAUCACCACUUCCUAACGAAGGGCCAUUGUGCUGCUUUAUUGCUGGCAACAGGUACACUAGUGCCACUGAAUUUCCAAAAUACCCAAAGAUAAAGUGAGAGGUAAAGUAUGAAAACCUUCCAGGUAACUCUUUGUUUUGCUUUCCACUAGUUGAGAGUUCCGCUUUAGAAUUCCUAGACCUGGGAGGUGUUAGGACAGUGAAAUGCUGCGAACUCCUAUGUUUCAAAGGUGAUGCUGCUUAACUUAGGCACUCGCUCCCUAAAAGGACCAACACAGCUAAUUCUGCCCUGUCAUGUCCUCUCCUUGCUACAGGGGGCCAGCAGAGCAUGCAGCAAAAGCAACUUCUUCCUCACGCUUCUUUCCCGUGGGCCAGAGGGAGAAACAGAUGUACAGGAGUCUGCUGGCACUGGGUACCUCCAGCCUGGCCCUGGUCCGCGGCCGCAGCGAGGAUGAACUCGAGCUUCUUCCACAUACUAAAAACAAAAAAAGAACUCAUUCCCCUGGUUGGAAUAGUGUCCUCUGCAGCAGCUGGGGCACUUGCUUUUUGUGCCUAUUCCCUAUUCAGCAAAUCUGAUGUGAUCAUUAACAAGAGUGGCAAUCCAGAACCAUGGGAAAAUGUCGAUCCUACCAAGCCUCAGAAGCUACUAACAGUCCAUCAGAAAUGGAAACCUAUAGAAGAGCUGGAAAAUGUCAGAAAGCUUACGAAGUGACAAGUUUCUGUUGCCCAAAAAGGUACCCUAUGAAUCUAGUGGAAUCACUUCUGCACAAACUUGACUACUGAAAUCAGUGUGCGGAAAUGCUUCUGCUACAUUUUUAGGGUCUCCCUGCAUUUUUUGGACUCUGUAUGAGGAGUUUCAUGUUGCCUUAGAAGUUGGCAUACACAUCCACACAGUCCAAAAGUCCGUCUCAAAUAUUCAUUUUCAGUAGGCAUUUGAUGUUAGAUGCUGAAUAUUCAGACAGUGAUUAUAGAUGGAAAAGGCAUCCACACUAUUUGUAGAGUUUUAUUUUUCUCAAAAAAACAUUAAUUUUGUAAUUUUAUAUAUUUUAAAUUAAAUAUAUUUAAAAUUUUUACAACUUCCCAUGUGAAUUCCAUAAAUGGAGAUUACCUAAGAGGCUUUCUAAAUUGAUAUUACUGAUCUUCUCCCUCUCUAUACUGUAUUUCAAUGCUGUAUACAGACCAAAAAGUCAUCACAGCCAGAGGAUGUCUUUGUAUGGCAACAUAUGUGGUCAUAAAGUAUACUUGCAUUCGUUCUCUAUGUUAGAUUGAAUGACAAUUUAAGUUAAAGCUGAUGUUCUACUGCUAAUACUAAAACGUGUGCCCACCUCACCGAGGAGUCCAAUAGAUUAUUUAAGGCUACAUUUGAGACUGCAACGUUAGAGCAUAAGCGUAAACAUGGCUAAAAGAGAAUUGGAAAUGAGAUUUCUGUUGUAUUCGAAGAGUUUGUAUUUAAAUUUAGGAGAAGUUACUAGAGUUAGGAAACUCAAAUUAUCCAAAGCUAAUUACAUAACGUUAAUUUCUUCUUGUCCGAGGAAGUUAAUGUGCAAGCUCAAAUUUACUGCAUAGUUAACAAUAUUUUUUUAAGCAUUUCUAGAUAUGUGGUAUUAGGGACAUCUGCUUUAACAAAGAGAAAGAUUAAAAUUAGGAAUGACUCUAUGAAAAGACAGUUCCUUUUUAAGCAUCCGCAUGUUUUCUUAUGGGUUGGCUGGGAAAAGAAUGUAAUGUGCGGACCCCCAGUAAAUUAAUGAGGCAAUAUAUGCAUCCAAUGGUAGAGCAGCCUUUUGUGGAUAUUUUCUGUAGGUGUCCCCUUCCAAGCAGUUUCACAAUAUAUUAUAGAGUUUCUUUUACAACUGAUGCUCGGAAUGCAUAUGACUUUCUGUGAGGAAGAAAGCAAAAGUGAAACAGCUGCUGAUGGGAAAAAGUGCCCCUGAGCAAUAGUGAAGUGGUUUAUUACCCUGCUGCAGCAAGGACAAAACUUGCGUAGAGCUGUCUCCUGAAUUUUAAGGUAGCUUGGCUUCAGAAGCUUUAUGUUUUGUUCCGAUUUAUAGAUGCUAAGAAAAAUAACCACACAAUCCCAUACUUGUGUGCGAAUACAUAAAUAUUUAUCAAGUAAGGAUGACUCAGCAGCAUUUCUGUUUAAGAGUGAGAGGAACUACAAGACUUCAGAAUCCAUUCUUAGCAUAUAUUUUAUGGAAUGACAUUACAAGAUGAUUUGAUAGCAUAUAACCACAAAAAUCCAGUGCUCUUAGGAAUACAAGAUUUAAGUAUUUUAAUAAAAAUAUUUUAAAAUAUAUUCUGUAUUUGCAUUUUUUUCCUGGACUAUAUCAAACAAAAAGUGCUGUGUUCUGAGUUGAUUAAUGAAUUGAAUGAGUUCUUGAGUAAAUCACUUGUAUGGUCUGGAAAUACUAUGCCUUAGUAUCUGUCAACAUUAGGGAAAUAAGUGUAAGUAAUUUUAAGGUAAUUUUUGUACCUAACUGCUUUUUAGUGGUGUCUUGCAGUAGCACAUUAGGCAGUGUAACUGCCAUCAGUCACAGGUUGUUGCUUCUUUCAUCCUGGGUGGAAGCAUAAUAGCAAAGGUAAUAGAAUGUUCUGCUUGGUUAGGUUAUAUUUUUUUUAAUAUUGAUUAGGGGCGAGGGUAUUCACGUGUGAGAAAUCAAAAUAUUUUUCUGCACUUCAAAAAGAUUAUGAAUAUUGUUAAAGUUCUUGGAACUAUUUUGUGUGUUGUCAGGCUGUCCCUAAAAAUAUUCUGUCUCCUGCACAGAUGAGGGUUUGGUUGUUUUUUUGCUUGUAAGCAGAGCACACCAAAAGCAAUUAUUGUACCUCCCCCCAACUACUCAACACAAAUCAAUGAAGUAAUAUGCAAUUUGUUUCCUUAUUCUACAGACAUCGAGUUAAGACAGUAAAGAUUUAAUUGGCUGAAUUUUACAAGCUGAAUUUUAUGAGAAAAAUAAGACUUCCAUGUCGUGUGUUUCACAAACCCAUGACUUUCUAUUCCAUGGACAAUUUAGGGGCUGUUGAAAUAAAUGUAACAAUGUUCUUCCAUCUCUUCAUUCUGUUCUUUAUAUUUUGUUUUCUACUCUGUUCUGUUGUUGGUUUCGAUUUAUUUUCUUUUUUAACAAUCACUGCCUUUACUCUGUCUAGUACUUUUCCAUGGAACUGUAUCACUACCAACUUUUAAUGUUAAUUACAAAAUUUACUUAAAAUGCUCACUGCUUGUUAAGAGUUUCAAAUAUACAUUAAAACCCACUAGAAAUGUUUUUAAAUUGUUCUAAUCAUCAUUAGAAAUGCAUCAUUAGAAUCUAGGGUCAUGCUUUUCUAACUGCAGGUGACAGAUAAACAGUCCAUUUGUCUGGAAGAACAGAAGAAUAAAAGAUUGCUUUCUGCAGUAUACAUGCAA